CAGCAACAAGGACACACGGCGGAAGAAGUACACCUGAUCUGAGCGACAUGGCUGAAGUCGAAGACACUUUAAAGAGGAUUCAGGCCCAACAUGGUGUUAUUGGGACAAUAGUGGUUAACGGAGAAGGCAUUCCCAUUAGAACGACGCUGGACAACUCAACGUCAGUUCAGUAUGCAGGUCUGCUGCAUCAGCUCACCAUGAAGGCCAGGAGUGCAGUUCGAGACAUCGACCCGCAGAACGAGCUCACAUUCCUGCGCAUCAGAUCCAAGAAACACGAGAUCAUGGUGGCUCCAGAUAAAGAAUACCUGCUGAUCGCCAUCCAGAACCCCAGUGAAUAAACUACACCUCCACUGCAGAUGAGGAGAAUGAUGGAGCGCUGCUGUAGAUGUGAGGAAUUCUUGUAAUCAUUGUUGUUAUUAUUACUGUUAUUAAAAUUCUUGCUGUUAUUUGUU